AUGUACACAGGAACAAUUUCAGUAAUCUAUGGUCCAAUGUUUUCUGGUAAAACUAGUGAGCUCAUGAGAUUGGUCAAGAGAUUUACUAUUUCCGAGAGAAAAUGUGUGGUCUUGAAUUAUGCAAAUGAUAACCGAUACUCAGAGGAAUAGUGUAUUUCAAGCCACGACAAACAAUUUUUGAAAGCUAUAAAAGUAUGCAAAUUGAAUGAAGCUUAUGAGAAAUGCAAGGAGAGUGAUGUUGUGGCUAUUGAUGAAGGUUAAUUCUUCACAGAUAUUGUGGAAUUUAGUGAGAAGAUGGCAAAUUUAGGAAAGAUUGUAAUAGUUGCAGCUCUUGAUGGAACUUUUGACAGGAAACCUUUCCAUAACAUCCUAAACUUGAUUCCUUUGGCUGAGCGCAUAACUAAACUAACAGCUGUGUGUUGGUUCUGUAAAAAAGAAAAUGCCUCUUUCACUAAAAGAAUAGUAUAAUCACAGGAGAUUGAGUUGAUUGGUGGUGAGGAUUGUUACAAACCUGCAUGUAGAGUAUGUUUCCAUCUUGCAGAAACACAAUCAAAAUCAUAAUCGAUGUAUAAUAAUCAAGACAAUCAUUUCGAGUAAAAAAAAAUUUGA